AUUACUAAUCCAUAAAUUAAACAGUUAACAAUUAAUUCAGUUAAAUUAAGGUUGUAUCAAUUAUCAUUUAGUUAUAAAAGAGAUUGAAAUUAAUUGUUAUCAAGUAAAACUAAUGGUAGGAAAUUGUAUUUAACUAAUUGUAUAUGUGACCCAUUAUGAAAAUGUUUCAAUUUGAUUGUCUCUUAAUCUGUACGCUAAUUGUUACAAUUAACUGUGUAACUUCAAGUGAUCAAAUUGUUGGUAAUUAUAAUUUAACUCAUGAUGAUUUUCAAUCUCUUUGUGAACAGAUUGGCUUAUUGGUUGCUUCUGGAAUUGAAUCUGAUCAAGUAGCUUCAAUUGUUACCAAUCAAAUGCUCUCUAAAUUUGAAACAAUCAAACUUGACAGCAAAGGUAAACCAAGUAAUCAAAGUAAUCCAGUUAAUCCAGUUAAUCCAGUUAUGCCAAAUAAACCACCAUCAUUUACAGACAUGUCAUCAGAUGCAAUGAUUGUCUAUACCCAAGGAUUUAUCAACAAUAUCGUUCAAAUUAUAUUACAAGUAUUUACAGUUGAAAACAUGGUUGUUAAUGUUGCUUAUGCUGAAAAUUUGAAUAUGUUAAUUGUUGGUAAAAGAUCAACAAUUAACUCUGAUGGAAAUGAUAAUCAUAAUCAUCAUCGAAGAUCAUCAAAUGGAUCAGAGAUUUGUAGUCAAAUUGAUUUUCCAUCACAAUUACAAUUGAACAAUCAAGGGGAAGCAACUAAAGUUUUACGAAGAUUAUCAACUAAUGCAGAUAAUUUAAUUAACCAAUUGUUUAAAAGUUCAUUGAGAAAAUCAUCACCAUCAUCACCUUAAUUAUUAUA